AUGUCGAAUAAUAUAUACUAUAAUUCUCCAACAUCUCAACAACCACAAUCAAAUACUUCUAAUUAUGGGCGUCAUCGUCGUUAUUAUCGUGAUAGUUCUCAUGAUGAAUCUCUAAUACGACCAGUUCCAAGUGUUUCUUCACAUUCAAAUUAUCCUUUAAAUAAUAAUAAUUAUGAUAUCCAACAUUCUCCAGCAUUAGUAUCAAAUUCAUUAUUAUCAUCAAAUCAAUCAACCGCUUAUUUUCUUGAGCGUAUUGAUUUAGAAAAUUAUACAACAAGUAUAUUAAAACAAACAGUUGAAAAUAUUAUAUCGAAAACAAAGUCUCGAGGCUUGAAGGUAAAAAUAUCAUUACCAGAUGAUGGGUUAAUUAUUCAUAAUAUAGCGGAUCCAAAUCAAUCAUGGAUAUUUAAAAAAUCAGAAUUACUUUAUUUUUGGCGUCAUCCUAAUUAUUUAAAUAUAAUUGUUGUUGUUACAUUUAAUCGAUCACGACAACAUUUAAAUCGACCUUAUUCAGCAUCAAUAUUUCGUUUACGUAAUAAUGAUUCUACUCAAACAUUUCUUCAACAAGCUCAAUUAUUUUUUACUAAUUUACCAACAUCCAUUAAUAUUUUAAAUUCAUUAAAAACUAAUAGAAAUAAAUCAAUUGAAAAAGGAAAUCGAACAGAAAAUCGAAAUAUUACUGAUCAACAAUCUUUACCUUAUAGUAAAACUAAAGCUCUUUCAAUGAUUAAUGAACAGUU